AUGACUAGUGGCGUCAAACAAAACGUGGCUCUCAUCGUCAUUGAUGGAUGGGGAAUCUCACCAAAAGAAGACUCAAAGGGUGAUGCUAUUCGUAACGCACACACUCCAGUUAUGAGUGGUUUGGAAAAGGAUGUUCCAUUCACUUCAUUGGAUGCUCAUGGACUUGCUGUUGGUCUACCUGAUGGCCUGAUGGGCAACUCGGAGGUUGGACAUUUGAAUGUUGGUGCUGGACGUGUUGUAUACCAGGACAUCGUCAGAAUCGACCUCGCAGUCCGUGACAAGAAACUCUCAACCCUCCCAUCCCUCAAAACCUGUUUCGCAAACGCCAAAUCCAAAACAGGUCGUCUCCAUCUCCUCGGUCUGGUCUCAGACGGUGGCGUCCACUCGCACAUAGAGCAUCUCCUUGCCCUACUCGACGAAGCCAAAGCAGCAGGCAUUCCACACACAUACAUCCAUGUUUUCGGUGAUGGGCGAGACACUGCUCCACGGUCCUCCGUCAUAUAUCUAAACCAGCUUAUAUCCCACAUUGAUAAAAUCCAGUAUGGAGUCAUUGCCACUGUUGUUGGACGAUACUAUGCCAUGGACCGAGACAAGAGAUGGGAGCGUAUCAAAAUUGCGUAUGAGAUGCUGACGCAGGGUGUUGGAGAGGCUAGCAGUGAUAUAGUCAAGACUGUGGAAGCUAAAUAUGAGGCGAAUGAGACGGACGAGUUUUUGAAGCCUAUUGUGUGUGACAAGGAAGGGAUUUUGAAGGAUGGUGAUACGUUGCUGUGCUUUAAUUAUCGCAGUGAUCGUAUGAGAGAGAUUGCACAAGCUUUAGGAGUUGAGCCUCUGCCUUUUGAGACUAGUGUGGUUCCCAAGGAUCUGUCUAUCACAACAAUGACCCAAUACAAAUCCGACUUCCCCUUCCUGACCCUCUUCCCUCCUCAAUCCAUGCACAACUGUCUCGCAGAUUGGCUCGCCAAGCAAUCCACGCCCCAAUGCCACAUUGCAGAAACCGAAAAAUACGCCCACGUAACCUUCUUCUUCAACGGUGGUUCCGAAGCUCAAUUCCAACUCGAAGACCGUGUCCUCGUCCAGUCCCCUAAAGUAGCAACAUAUGACCUAAAACCCGAAAUGUCUGCUGUCGAAGUCGGUGAAAAAGUCGCUGAAGCCAUCAGUAGUGGCAAGUAUCCAUUCGUAAUGUGUAACUUUGCACCACCGGAUAUGGUGGGCCAUACAGGUGUAUACGAGGCUGCGAUUAAGGGUGUUGAGGCUACAGACAAGGCGAUUGGGAUUGUUGCUGAUGCGUGCAAGAAGGCUGGGUAUACGUUGUUUGUUACUGCUGAUCAUGGGAAUGCGGAAAAGAUGCUGGCUGAUGAUGGUGUUACGCCGCAUACUGCUCAUACUACUGCCAGAGUUCCAUUCAUCAUGACUUCCUCAACACACAAAUUCGCACCUGGUGUACAAGGUGCAUUGUGUGAUGUCGCACCUACUAUACUUGAAGUGAUGGGUUUGCCAAUCCCUGAAGAAAUGACUGGUCAGUCUUUACUUGCCAAAUAG